CAGGUUGGAAGGAUCGGAUUUGUACGCUACACUUCUCCCACUCUCUUCGAAAACCUUGGUAGAAAACAAAAUUACAAAAUAGGCUCAAUUUUCAAGGAGUUUAGAAAAUUCGUUGUAUACGUACCAAAAGUAUACAUACAAUAAGUACCCAUCAAGAAAAAAAGAUUCCAAUUUUAAUCAUCAACAAGACCCACUGGUUAGGGUUUUUGUUAUUGUUGGGGCUCCUCCUAAAUUUCUGCUUCUGGGUCGACUCAAUUGGAGAUAAGAUUCAGUACUUCUCAAGCUGUGACUCUCAUGGUGGUUGUUCUGCUUUGAGGGUUUAUUUCACUCCCUGAUUCUGUUGUUUCAGCUCCAAGAGAAGUGUGUUGUGAAGUUUGUUUUAAGAGAUUUCUGCUUUUUUAUUUGGGUUUGCUUAGUCUGAAGGUACUUUGUUUUGUUUGUUUGUUUUUUCUCUUUCUUUUUUUUUGUAUCAAAAGCUCUGUUUCUCCAUUUCUUUUUGUAAUUUGUUGGGUUUUUUUGUUUGUAGAGGUAUUUCACUAUUUUGUAUUGUAAAGCUUGCAAAUUUUGCGUUGAGUGUGCUGAUUAGGAAUGAACCUAGUGAAGUGAAAGUUUUGAUUUUAAUUGGAGAAGAUACCGAUAUAGUUCACGAUUAUGGUGAUUCAUGGGUAGUAAAGCAGCAGAUAUUGGGGCAAAAAACGAUAAUAAAGCUAUGACCGGCAUGCCGAGCUUCAUUGCUCCAGUUUUUCCUUCUUCAAAUCACAUGUAUUGGAUUUGCCCUUCUUGGAUCAAAUAUGGUGCCAGUUCAGUCUCAGUGGGGAAGAUAGAUUGCAUAGGUCAUGUAAUUUGUGAUGACAGGAAACUAUUCCAACUGUAUACAUUACUAACUGAGUAUGUACAAUGUGCUGCUGAAGAAAACAAUAUUCGCUCCUCUAGAAUCUCAGAUUUUGCAACACUUGAGCAGUCUCUUGGAUUUCGGAUAGAAGAUGCUGUUGACCUUAGUAGAAAUCCUGUGUUCAAUCAACUAAAGUCAAGAAGUCAGGCAGUAGGUGCCAACGUUCAAUUUGGCGCUCUAAAUAAGCAUCUUAUACCCACAGAUACGAACAUCUCUGCUGCCGUUGUGGGUUCCCAAACUUUAGCAUCACAGAAGAAAAUACAACCAAAUCUGGUUUCUAUGCCUGGCAGUCAUUGUGAGAACUGGGGAGAGUCCAAUAUGGCAGAUGCAAGUCCUAUAACUGAUACCUCUACAGAUGAUACGGAUGAAAAAAUUCAAAGGGUGAUGGGUGAUAGGGGUCAGUCAACAGCUAUUCUGGCGUCGGAUUCCAGGGGCAAAUCCAAAGAAAAAGCAGGGGAUCAAAAGAUACUGCGUAGGCUGGCUCAAAAUCGUGAAGCGGCCCGUAAAAGUCGAUUAAGGAAAAAAGCAUAUGUACAACAACUAGAGAGCAGUGGACUGAAACUGACCCAACUUGAGCAAGAGCUCCAGCGAGCUCGCCAGCAGGGUGUUUUCAUUUCGAGUUCUGGAGACCAAUCACACUCAACGAAUGGGAAUGGUGCCUUAGCAUUUGAUGUAGAAUAUGCUCGGUGGCUAGAGGAACACAACAGACAUAUCAGUGAGCUAAGGGCGGCUGUCAAUUCACAUGCGGGGGACAAUGAACUUCGCACUGUUGUUGACAAUAUAAUUACACAAUUUGAUGAUGUUUUCAGGCUUAAAGGCAAUGCAGCAAAAGCUGAUGUCUUCCGCAUCUUGUCUGGAAUGUGGAAGACACCAGCAGAGCGGUGCUUCAUGUGGAUUGGUGGCUUCCGCUCAUCUGAACUCCUCAAGCUCCUUGUUACUCAAUUAGAGCCUCUCACUGAACAACAGUUGAUGGCCAUCUACAACUUGCAGCAAUCAUCCCAACAGGCUGAAGAUGCUCUGUCGCAAGGGAUGGAGGCAUUGCAGCAAUCUUUGGCUGAGACAUUGGCCAAUGGCUCACCUGGAUCUUCAUCUGGGAACGUGGCAAACUACAUGGGUCAAAUGGCUAUGGCCAUGGGAAAGCUCGGAACUCUUGAGGGGUUCCUUCGUCAGGCCGACAAUCUACGUCAACAAACAUUACAACAAAUGCAUCGAAUAUUGACAACCCGACAAUCGGCCCGUGCCCUUCUCGCAAUAAACGACUAUUUCUCUCGACUCCGAGCCCUCAGCUCUCUCUGGCUGGCUAGGCCUCGCGAGUGAGCAGCUGCAGAUUCUUCCUUCAUGAGAUUGUCUUGAAAAGCAUGACCACCUAAACUGAUAGGAAUCAUACGUGACCCCCCCCCCCCCCCCCCCAUAAGACCCUCUGAAGUCUUCGCGGCGCCAUCUUAAUGUAAUUAUAGGCGCCCAUCUUCUUGUGUUGUAAAAAUAUUUUGGUCAGCUUCUCUCUUAAGAAAUUGUAGAAGUGUUGGUAGUUUUUAGGGUACGGCUAUAUUCUUGUAUACCAAUUGUUAAAUUAAAUCAGGUUUAUUACUUUUUGUGUGCCUAAAUUUUGCAUAACAUGUAUAUAAGCAUGUAUUUUUCAA